AUGUCUGCGAAGAAUGCCGCGGGCCCGAACGGCAAGAAGCCACCUUCGGCUGCCACGAACCUCAUCGCUGGAGGAACAGCCGGCAUGAUGGAAGCGCUUGUCUGUCACCCUCUCGAUACGAUCAAAGUCCGCAUGCAGUUGUCCCGCCGGGCGCGUGCCCCUGGCGCAAAGAAGCGCGGCUUCCUCACCACUGGCGUGGAGAUCGUGAAGCGCGAGACGCCGCUCGGGCUGUACAAGGGACUGGGCGCCGUGAUGACGGGGAUCGUGCCGAAGAUGGCCAUCCGGUUCACGAGUUUUGAGGCCUACAAGAAGCUGAUGGCGAACAAGGAGACGGGAGUUGUGUCAGGGAGGGCGACGUUUUUGGCCGGUCUCUCAGCAGGAGUAACCGAAGCCGUGGCCGUCGUGACACCGAUGGAGGUCAUCAAGAUCCGGCUGCAGGCCCAGCACCACAGCAUGGCCGACCCGCUCGACAUUCCCAAAUACCGAAACGCCGCGCACGCGCUCUACACGGUAGUUAAAGAAGAAGGGGUUGGUGCCCUGUAUCGUGGAGUAUCGCUUACUGCGUUACGGCAAGGAUCCAACCAAGCAGUGAACUUCACCGCCUACACGGAAUUCAAGGAGAUCCUGCAGCGCUGGCAGCCCGAAUACGCGUCUUCGCCGCUACCUUCGUACCAGACGACACUCAUCGGUUUGGUGUCCGGCGCCAUGGGCCCGCUGAGCAACGCGCCUAUCGACACAAUCAAGACGCGGCUGCAGAAGAUGCCGGCGGCGCCUGGGGAGACGGCCAUAAGCAGGAUCACCAGUAUCGCGGCUGAUAUGUUCAAGCAAGAAGGAUUCCACGCCUUCUAUAAGGGUAUCACGCCUCGGAUCAUGCGCGUUGCGCCUGGCCAGGCUGUGACGUUUACCGUAUACGAGUACCUGAAGGAGAAGUUGGAAAAUAGUAAUACGCCGCUGGUGGCAGGGAAGUAUGAGGAGUGA